AUGGAGCCCAUGAGCUGCCCUCAGCCCCGCUAUGGUGUCUCAAGAGGGGCUCCCCUGAGUGCCACCAUGGCAACUUCCAAAGGAGCAGCCACAGCCCCACCAAAGCACACAGAGGAGAAAAGGAAAUCCAGUAGAGGAGACUUCGUAUUUUCUGCUGAUCGUCUGAUCAGACUCGUGGUUGAAGAGGGACUGAAUCAACUGCCCUACACAGAAUGUACUGUGACCACUCCAACAGGACACAAGUAUGAAGGAGUCCGGUUUGAAAAGGGAAACUGCGGGGUCAGCAUCAUGAGAAGUGGGGAGGCCAUGGAGCAGGGCCUGCGGGACUGCUGCAGAUCCAUCCGCAUCGGCAAAAUCCUGAUCCAGAGCGACGAGGAGACGCAGCGAGCCAAGGUGUACUACGCCAAGUUCCCCCCUGACAUCUACAGGAGGAAAGUGCUGCUCAUGUACCCCAUCCUGAGUACUGGGAACACGGUGAUCGAGGCUGUCAAAGUGCUCGUGGAACACGGGGUCCAGCCCAGCGUCAUCAUUCUGCUCAGCCUCUUCUCCACACCCCAUGGUGCCAAAUCCAUCAUCCAGGAAUUUCCAGAAAUCACCAUUUUAACUACAGAAGUGCAUCCUGUUGCACCAACACACUUUGGACAGAAGUACUUUGGGACAGACUGACAGUCUUGGAACAACUGGAUAUGACUUUGGCAUUACAGGAGGUUUUUUUACAUUUUAUUACUGUUGAGUUGGUCAAGGGCAUAUUUAAAAACCUUUUUGGCCAACUAACUUAGGGUAGUGCUGCCUGAACAGGGAUCAGGUACAGUGACAAAGCACUCUGGUUACACGGUCAAGCAUCUCCAUGUUGGGGUUCUAGAACUGCCACACUCUGCUUUUACCUAUUUAUUCUCCUCCAGCCUGUCCGUGGCCACCUGCUAGAGCAAAAUAAACCCAACUAAACCCCAAGGGAGUGUCCUUUAUUUCUAGGGUCACUUGGC